GUUUUGUUGAUGUUAAAGACGUCUGUCAAAAGUUGUUUUCCUUUUUUACUUUAGCUACAGCCAAAAAACCUUGAUUUAAAAAAUGGCAGUUUGUAUAGGAUUCAUUGGAAAAGAGAAUUCACCGUUGUUCCUUCGAUGUAUCAACCCAUCACAAGAACUGCAGUUUCAUUACAUUAUGCAUACGUGCAUCGAUUUCGUGGAGGAAAAAAUUAUCCAAAGCAACAAGUCUGGAAGUGAUGUUCGAGAACUUUAUCUUGGCCUGCUCUAUUCCAGUGAAGAAGUCAAAGCGUAUGGCUUUGUCACCAAUACCAAGGUUAAAAUUGUAAUCAUAAUUGACUCCACAAAUUCUCUGUUAAGAGAUAAUGAAAUUCGAGCAAUUUUCAGAAAACUACACAACGCGUAUACCGAAUUAGUCUGCAACCCCUUCUACACACCGGGAGACCCCAUUACAGCCAAGUCGUUUAGUAUACUGGUCGACGAGCUGCUGGCGUCAUCAUCCUCAUCUAGCUAAGAUAUAAAUAAAUUCUUUGUCCUGUAA